AUGGCUCAAGCCGCCAUGAACCAGGAGGAUAUCAAAGCUCUCGAGCAGCUCCGCCAGCGAUUCUUCAACCUCGCCAACAACAUUGCAUCACUGAAACAAGACGUACUGCGCAGCAACCCACUUCCACCAUGGUCCUCCCUCCAAACCUCCGCGUCCAUCCUUGCGAGCAACAUCGAGAGUAUCACGAAUCUCAUGUCCAAGAAUGCCGACCUCUUGAACAGAACAGUCGUCUAUCCAUCCACCAACUUCCCAGGCCGCACACAGGAAGGCAUCCUGACGCAACUACUGCGCAAGAAGAUGGAGCCACAGGUCGAAACCUGGGUCGAGGAAGGCCGUACUACUCACGCUGAGGUCACAGAGGGAGGUACUGAUGCGAAGGCCGAGGAAGAGCUGUUGGACUGGGCGAAAAACUGGCUCGGUGGCCGCGUGGCGAGGUAUGUUAUAAAUGAGGCAGGGGACAACUAUACCUUCGAGGAGCGCGAACUAGGGAUCGAGAAUGUCAAUACUGGGCUGCGUCGAAAGCUCGAAGAAGGCGAUAGCGCACGGAGCCGCAGCCGGAGCCGGAGCCGGAGCGGGAGCGGGAGCGAAGACGAGGAAGACGCAGGAACUGCGGUCACAGCUGUGCGACGAAGCAGUAUUGGAGAGGUCGAGUCUGGCCUGGGACCACUGAGGAAGGACCCUAAUGGCAAGAACAGGAAUAUUGAGGAUAUUCUGAGGUUUGGGGUUGGUGGAGCAGUUUUGGAGGGACGCCGGUGA